AAGACGUAAGGAAUUUGUUGAACUAUAACAGGGAGACAUGACACUCCCUGAAUAUCGUCAGAAGUUUACCAAACUCGCAAAGUUUGCACCAACCUUAGUAAAUACCCCAACCGAUCGCAUUGAGGAGUUCAGGAAGAAACUUCGACCUGACCUCAGGUCACGUGUAUCUGUUCUAACCACUGUGGAUUUCGCGGUGGCCUACGAUCUCAUUGCCAGGGCAGACAUCGACUUGAGUGCUUGCAUUGAGUAUCUGAAGACAAAUAAUGUCAGCUCAAGCCCUCACCGUCCCACCGGCUCUGCCUCAAGAGGGAAAAGGCCCUUUCAAGAACCUAGCAAUUCACAUUUCUCUAAAAAGGGAAAAUCUGUACAAACUCAGUCGAUGGCAUCCGUUGAUAAGUCCAAAAAGCGGAGGUAUCCAGCUUGCGAGCACUGUGGAAGGAAUCACCCUGGAGAAUGCUGGCUUAAGCAAGGGUUGUGUCUCGGCUGUGGAAAACCAGGACACUUUAGAAAGGAGUGCCCUACAAACCCCGGAGAACCGUAUCCACCUGCCCCUGUUGUUAGUCAAGCAGCAUCGGCACGACCUGCACCAAGUCAACGCUCAACAGCGGGGUCUAAUCCAGCCAAGAAUCAGAACCAACAACAAGGACAAGCUCCUGCUCGUACAUAUGCAAUGAAAGCACGAAUUGAGGAGAACCCUGACGUCAUCCAGGGUAGGCAGAACGAGUAGUUGACAUGUUCCUGGCAGCAGAAGGAGCGAGGCGAUCGUGGUGGAUUUAUGAUUUAAAAUGAUUAAAUUAAAUUGUUAUGA